UCCCUCCGCAAGUGCGCAUGCUCGGGAGGAAACUCCAUGAUUUUUUUUGGCACGGAAUCUAAAGGAAAAAAUAGGAACUUGGAAACGGGGAUUAGCUAAAAGGUGCAUCGGAGGGUCCAAAUCCAAACAGAACAUAGACCUGCGCGGCCGAAUCGAGUCCAGGGCGACGGGCAGGGGGUUUAACGAAACGAUCGGACCUCCUGUGGUCGACUGGGACCUUCUCGAAUUUAAAGUCAUUUGCGACAAUGCAACGGUCGCAAUAAAACCCUGCGUUAUUGCUCUUUGUUUUUUAACGGGACGGGCAGACGGGCUAGCUAAAGAGGGAAAGGGACGUGGAAAAAACGCCUAACAACAACGACAACAGCAGCAACAACAAAAGUCUGUCAACUAGCUUGCGAGCGAGCCAAGUCUUCCUCCGUUUGCAGUAACUAGAGAGAAGAAGCAGGAAACUUCGUAAACAGAGAAUCAGGCAGGGGUGUCCCCCGGGCCCCACGCAGAGCAGGACGGUCCGACAGCGGGAGAACGGAGACCGCCCCUCCCCCCCGCCCCCCCAGCCCAGUCCCGCCGCGCCCUUCCGUGUGGAAAGCAUGUGUUCUGGUGGGCGGGUUCCGUGGAUGACGCUGGCCAGGGCUUUGUGAAGAUGAAAAGGUUCUGGAAGCCUGAGCCCAGAGAAUGACGGGAGGCAGCGAGAGGGGUGCCGGAGACGGAGAUGGCACCGACGCGUCGGCGCAGGUUCCCAUUGGCUGGCGGCGGACCGUGGACAACGGGGCGGUGGCCUACAUCAGUCCCAGUGGUACCAUCUUGUCUUCAGUGGAGGAGGUGGGAUCGUAUCUGUUGACAGACGGCACGUGUAAGUGUGGGCUGGAGUGUCCACUAGUAGUGCACAAGGUGUUUAAUUUUGACCCGGGGGCAGUGCUGGUCCAGAGGAGCCAGCCGCCGGGCAAGGCCGAGGAGGACAUGACCAAGCUCUGCAACCACCGGCGGAAAGUGGUCGCCAUGGCAGCGCUCUGCCGGAGCAUGCAGGCCUCCUCCCAGCUGCCCCUCGCCGCCCACGGCACAGGGGGCCCGUUCUGCUCUGUGGAGAGCAGGGACCUCAGGGUGGGGCCCCUGGGUGCCUGGGAGGAAGGAGGCUGGUACCCCCCCCGCCCCCGGCCCUCCUCGCAGCCAAAACUGAGCCCCAGCCCCACCCCGCCCCACCCCCAUCUUUCUUUCCCCUUCAACGGCUCUCUGCCCCUGUCUCGCCCCAACCCCAACUCUAGCUCCCGCUUGUCUCCCAGGAAGCCGCCUCCCCCUUCCCCCUGCCGCUCGCCCUUCUCCUGCUACGGGCCGCCCCAGAGGUACCCCCGCCCGCCCACCCCCCAAAACCUGCUGCAGAACCCCCGGCCGCCCCGCACCCCGGAGCCCCCUGCCCCCCUGCGGCUGGGGCUCCACCCCCUCGCCUGCUCGCUGGACGCCUCCCUCUCCUCCCCGCCCUCCUCCUCAUCCCCCGGGGCGCUGGGCUUGGGCCGGGCGGGGCUCAGCCACCCACAGGUCGGCUCCCCGCCCCCUUUCUCCAGUAGCCCCUCCCCCUCCGGGAGCCAGGACUGCCCCUCCCCACGCCAGCGCUCCCGCCACUCUUCGGCCUCCUCCUCCUCGCUCUCCGAGCAGGGGGUGGGCGUGGCCUUAGCUGCUUACCCCCUCGGGGGCCCCUCCCACUCCCCGAAGCCCCUCCCUCCCGCCAGCCCCAGAGGUCGGCUGGAAGGCAUGCUGCAGCAGUACAAGGACUCGGGGAGCACCCCCCCGCACCCCCAGCCCGCCGCGGUGCAGAGCAACCAAAGCAACUUCCAGCUGCCCCAGAGCCCCCUGGCACCGCCGCCGCCGCCGCCAGCCUUCCCCCCCGACAGGAAGAGCGCCCCGGCUAACGCUAACGCUAGCGCCGGCUUUCUGGGGCAGCUCCUGAGCCAGCAGAAGCAGCAGCACGCCUCCUCCUUCCCCGCCAGCAGCCUCCUGUCUGCGGCCGCCAAGGCGCAGCUGGCCAGCCAGAAGAGCCAGAACCAGAACCAGAACCCGAGCCCGAGUGGUGGCGCUAAUGCUAACGCGCCGGGCGGCGCUAACGAGGCUCAGCAGUCCAAGGUGACCCUCUCCAGUCCCGCUCUGGGCUCUACCUCUGUGUCCUGCGCCUCUCUGAUCCCCAGCCCCGCCCCCGACGUGGCCGACGCCCUGACCACCUUGUCAGGCCAGGGCAAAGCCAACGCCCUGCCCCCCCACCUCUUACCCCCCCUGCUGGGCCCUGGGGUUCUAGGAGACCUGGCGGCGCUGGGCAACAUGGGCGGCCUCCACGGCAUGAUGGGGGCCGGACCUCUGCUGCUGCCCCCUAUGCAAGCCCCCGGGCUGGGCAUGCCUCUACUCCAGGCCCAGGCUGCGGGCCUAAACCCUCUGGCCUGCCUGCUGAACAACCUGCAGUUGAACAUGGGCCCCGCCCUCUCCAUGGGUGGGGAGAAGCCAAUAGGAAUGCAGGAAGUGACCAGCCCCGCCCCUCAGGACAACAUUUCAGCCAAUCAGCUGGCGCCGGAGCCCGUGCCGAACCCCAGCCACGCCUUAGGGCCCCAGCCGCAGCGUGAGGGGGCCCCCGGGGGCCUCCUGGACCCCUACAGCUCCUUCAUGGACACCAUCUACACCUCCUUCCUCCAGGUCAGCGGGCGGUCCCCCGAGGGGGCGGAGCCUACCCCAGCCCCGCCCCCCUCCUUCCCCGGGGAGCCGCCCCAGAACAGUGCCCCGCCCUCCCUCAGCCCCCGCCGGGCCUGCUCCCUGCGGAACCCCGACCUGUCCCGCCUCGGCAUGGAGGCGGCCCAGUCCCCCGCCCGGGGCACCCCCAAACUGAGCGAGGACAGCUCCUCCACGCCCCCGCCCCUGAGCCAGCGCAGCGAGCCCCCGGCCCCGCCCGCUUUCCCCGAGGAGGCCAAGACGGACUGCGGCUCCGCCCACCCCUACAGCAACGGGCUGCCGUCCGAGGGGGAGGGGCAGGGGCAGGGGGAGGGGCCACAGGGCUACCACGGGCCCCCGGAGGGAGUCAACGGCACAGAGAACCACAUGGGGCCCCAGGACACGCAGGGAGAGAGGGGACCCACCGUCAGACCUGGGGGAGCCAGGAGGGGCAGGAAGAGAAAGCAAGUGUUGCCAAGGGAACCAGAUGUCUCCAGGGAGAUGGAUACAGGUGUUUCAGAGGAGCCCAUGGCCACGAUGGUUCUACAGAAGCCGGAGAGAUCGGUGAAAAGCAAGAGGAGGAGGGUGUUCAGAUAGCGGCCAUCUUUGAACCCUGUCGACGCCAGCGCUACGGCAGCCCUUCCCACAGUCCCUCCCCUCUCCAUUCAUUACGAAUCUGAGCCCCAGAGGGUCACUGAGCCCUGGACACUCUCUAGAUGUUCCCGUGACAACCCGCCGUCCGCAGCGCCGCGCUUCUCAUCCCCAGGGGCAUUUACCCGGCCCUCCAGUAACCCUGGACCUUCUCAGCGUUAGAAUAUCGCCAAUGUGUGCAUUAGACUUGAAUUCAAAGAAAGCAUUAGUGCGUUUUGUGUGUGCGCGAGUGCGUGUGCUUGUGUGCCUGUGUGUUUUCAGGUUUAGGUCCCCCCACGCUGUGCCCUGUGUGAGCUGUGUGGUUUACUGAGGCUGGCUGCAGUCCAAUCCGACAAGCAGGAGCGUCCAUCGCGCCGGCUGUUCCUUCCUAAUGGGGAUUUGCUGCCACCUACUGGCCAACCGCAUAACGACACAUAAAUAAAUAUUCACGAGUUAGCAGGAAAUGGGGGUGUACAGGGAGGGA